AUUGGAAACAAAGUCCUGUUGCACCAAACACAUUUAGAAAAUAACUUUUCAGCAAAAUUAAAGGUGAAAUGGAUUAGGCCGUACUUUAUCCAUGAAGUCUAUGAGAAAAGUAACUAUAAGCUGCGAACCCUUGAAGGAAAGUUAUUGAAGAAUUCAAUACAUAGAAAUAGGCUUAAGAUGUAUUACGAGGAAACGUUUGAACCAUGGGUCGUCAUUGAAGAGUUUCUUUUGGAGAAAGAAAAUUAA